AUGAAUUUCCAAAUUGAAAUGACAGAUUAUUCAAAGUUGGAAAUACAAAGUAAAUCAAAAAUUUUCUUUGAAAAUUUGUUAUACAUGUACAACAAUUCAGAAGUCGUUAUAACAAACACGCACAUAUCUUCAACUCAAUUAUUAGAUACAAUUUCUGAAGAAAUUGGUAUCGAGUUAUUUGAUUCUUCGAUUCUUAAAAUUAAUGAUAAGUCUGAAAUAGUUUGUUCUAAAAAUUUAAUUUUACAUAACUCUUCUCAAUUGUCAUUUUAUUCAAAAACACAAAACAACUUUUUAGUGUUUAGUGGUCAUUUCAUUGUCUUAAAAGACGGCUCCACAAUAACAAUACAAAACAACACAAAAUGUAUUAUAAAAGCUCAGAUAGUACUUUCGGAUGACUCCGACGUACAACUCGAUGAAUAUGUGAUUUUUGAAGUUCAGACUCCUUUGAUAGUGUCUGAAAUCAACGACUUUACAUGUUUAUUUUCGCUCACAAAAAACUCUUCAUUUGUUGUACAGCCAAAAUGCUCGGUCACAAUUCACAGUUGCAUUUGGCUCAACGGAACGUCAGUUCUUCACAUAAAAAAUGACAGUAUUCUCGUUGUGUACAAACGUCUUCACGCAGACUAUGCCGACGAAGAUAGUGAAGUUGAAAAUUCGCAGACUUUGAUAAUAGAACCGACUGCUCGUAUAUAUUGUUUAGGCGAGGAUUACAACCGAACGCGUUGUCAAUCCCAAAGUGAUGAAGAUGCCGAUUGGGAUAACUCGUGUUACACUGUUAUCAUCACAGAGACUUGUAACAUAGAGGCUCCUGGGCGAACUAUAGCCGAUUACCCUCUCUUCGCGAGUAGUAAUCGAAUCACAUAUCUCGAGUAUGGCGCCUUCAAUAAGAUCACAACAUGUGUUGAUAUCUUUGGGAGUGAGACUGGCAUUAAUAUAGUACUUGACAAUGAAAAUUUCAGUAUAGUUGGAUAUGGUGAUAGAGUCUAUAGAUUUUGUCCAGGGGGUAACGACACAGGAGAAGUCUAUUGCCACACGAAUGGAACUGUUUGGGUAAAUGGGGAGGAGGACGAAAAUACACAUGACUACCCAUUCACACACAGAUAUUGUCCUUUUGAAUUUAGUGAAGACCCAAAAGCUACUUUUAAUGUCAUUUCAGAACACAAUUUUAUUAACAAGUCGACGGUCAAUUUGAAUGUUAACUUUGUGAAAAAUCCAGUGUGGAUUACAAUGAGUCAUAAUCUGAAUGAUACAAGUGUGAAGAAAGUAACAGGAAUGGUCAAUGGUAUUUACUAUGACGACUAUUGCAAUAUAACAACAAUAUAUGAAAAAAGUAAUAAUACAAAUGUUGAUAUUAUUGCACGUAACAACAAUUUAAAUUAUAAAAGCACACACAAGAGUGACGAUCUUGACAAUACCAAACAACUUUCCAUUUUAAAAAUUGAUAAUAUCUUAACUAUUGAAUAUAGUACCACAACCGAAUUGGUUGUAUCAUUUUUUAAAACAAAUAAAAAAUUAGUUAGUAUUCAAAUUGACAAUAAGUUAUACUCUAAUGCACUGAUAAUGUCACAACACGGGUUAAAUUUUAUAAAUUAUAAUAAAACGUGUUCAUCAGGAUAUAUCAGUUUUAUAAAUAGUAAUAACCACUUAACAGUGCUCUCUGAAUUAAGAAGUGUUUGUGAAGAUAAUGAAUACAAUGAUAUUAAUAAUGGUACUUGUCUUCUUUGCAAAGAAAAAUAUGGUGAUCGUUGCAAUAAAUGCACACAUGUGAGUUGUACUACUUGUGACAAUAAUUAUAGACUGACGGAAUCAAAUGAUUGUGAGCUGAUAAUAAACUGUUCAACGUUUUUAAAUAAUUAUUGUGUUAAUUGUGAGAGAGGGUAUUAUGAACACAACAAAUGUAUUUCAUGUGAAAACAACUGUAAAAUGUGUAAUAAAAAUGGGUGUAUUUUAUGUGAUGACACACAUUCAUUUAUUAUAGAUGGCGUUUGUACUAAAAUCGAACACAGUUCCCUUGUUGUUCCUGAAAUGAUUAUAUCGUGCCUUCCAUCGUACUUUUCAACACAAACAUCUUGCAAGUUGUGUUCUUCAAAAUUUGAAAAUUGUGAGGAAUGCAUCUUUAAAAGAUGUUCAAAGUGCUCAAAUGGGUAUUAUCUAGAAAACAAUAGUAACUCGUCCUUAUGUGUUGAUAUGCGUUGUAAAGAAAUGGAGUCGAAAGAAAAGUGUUUAACAUGUACAGACGAUUAUAUACUCAGUGAUAAUGGAAAAUGUGUUCAAAAAAUAUCUUCUUGUGGCUUUUAUAAAGAUGGAAAAUGUGUUGAAUGUGAAAAUAAUUCUUUUUAUUUGGAUGAUAACAAAUGUACUAUGAACCCUUCAAAUUUAGAAUGUACACAAUACACACCAAUAGGGUGUUUGGUAUGUGAUGAUGACUUUUAUCUUGACAAUGGCAAUUGCACCAAAUGUAAUACAAAAUGUACAAAAUGUGUAUCUUCUUCUGACAUAUGCACAGAGUGUAUAAAUGGGACGAUUAGAGUGAACAACGAAUGUGAAACAGUAUUUGAUUUAGAAGGAAUUUGCCUUGAAUUUAACAAAUAUGGGGGUUGCACCAAAUGCAAUUCAGAGUACUUUGUUUCAGAGAGUAGUUGCAAAAGGUGUCUUUCACCAUGUGGUCAGUGUCUUUCGGAGAGUCGAUGCAUAACAUGUGUGUCGGGGUUUUAUAUAGCAGAAAACGAGAAUUGUGUGGAGUUAAGUACACUCACCAAUUGCCGAAGUUCUCAGACGAAUUUGGGGUGUGUUUCUUGUGAAGAUGGAUAUUACUUAGAAAACAAAAAAUGUACCAAAUGUUCCGCGAGCUGUUCAUUGUGCAAUUCUUAUACAAACUGUUUUCAAUGUGGCAACAACAAAAUUGUCGAAGGAGGUUUAUGUGUUGAUCGUAAAAAUAUCAACUUUUGUGUUGAGAUAACAUCUUCGUAUUGUACCAAAUGCCAAUUUUGGUAUUCUCCAUCAUCCGACAAAACAAAUUGUGAAAAGCAUGUGGUGUGGUGGUUUAUACUAAUUAUCGUGAUUAUUGGAGUUAUGGUACUUUCUUUAAUUUUCACAAUAGUUGCAAUUGUGUCUUUGUUUGUUAUGAAAUUGAAAGAGCACCAAAAACGGUUUAAAACUUUGAACAUUGUCCAAUUGAAGACUUCAAUAAAUACGACGAAAUUCUUCCAGGUGCAAAAUGACGAAAGUUUACUACUUAGUCCCGGUGAAUUGAAUUUCAGUAAAGAUGCUAAACAAAUACCAGUAGAUUCUCCAACAGUCUUAGAAAUAAUAGUUGGUAACAGAGGAAAUCUGACCCAAAAAAUUCAGUUUGUUACAUUAAGUCGUGAAGAGAUAUACACUCUCCAAUUUGAACCAAAAGUAGUUGUACUGCGUACUAAUGAAGCGUGUACUUUCCAUUUAUCAUUUACGCCACUUUGUUCGCUUAAAAUUGAAGAUAAAAUUGGGCUUGUUGGGUGUACUUUAAAGACUGGAAUUGAAAAAAUCAAUGAAUUGAUAAUAUACGCAGAAACAGUGUUAUCCACCAAGCUCGACAAAGACUCUUUACAUGAAGAUAAAGUGAUUGGCGAAGGGUCUUUUGGAGUUGUUUUCAGAGGACGAUUUCACGAUCAAAUAGUCGCAAUAAAACGACUUAAAGACGUGAGAGAAGAAGGAACCACAGAAGAAUUUGAAAGAGAAGUUUCCAUGUUAGAUAAGUUUAGGUGCGACUUUAUAGUUCACUUCUAUAGUGCUUGCUUUUUACCAGACCAUUUGUGCUUGGUCACUGAACUUGCGAAAUAUGGAAGUAUUCAGGACUUAAAAGAAAAGCACCCCGUUAAUAUCUAUACAACAGUAAUAAAAACAAAGCUGAUGGUAGAUGCGGCUCAAGGUGUUGAAUACUUACACUUAAAUGGCAUUUUUCAUAGAGAUAUUAAACCCGCUAAUGUGCUUGUGGUCUCACUUGAAGACAACCAAAAAGUCAAUGCAAAAUUGACUGAUUUUGGGUCUUCAAGAAAUGUGAAUAGCCUGAUCCAAAACAACACAUUCACUAAAGGAAUUAGAACACCCAUCUAUAUGCCUCCCGAAGUUCUCGUAUCGGGUAAAUAUUCAUUUGAAUCAGAUACGUAUUCAUUUGGUAUCAUGUUGUAUGAAGUUGUUGGGUGGUGCACUGCGUUUGUUGAAUGUAGAUAUGUGUGGAAUAUAGCAGAAAAAGCAGCAAGAGGUGAAAGGCCACCAUUUUCAAAAGCACAUAUGUUGUUUGAAGACGUAAUCAAUUCGUGUUGGAAAACAAAACGAACGAUGCUCAAUGACAGACGCCGUAAACAAAUUGAAAAUUAUUCUGGAUGA